AUGCAAUCAAAUAAAACUUUAUUAAGCAAUGGCAAAGAGGAUAUCUAUUCUAGAUCAAAGGAUAUUGGGAAGACUCUAAAUGAAUUGUUAGAGGAAGCAGAAAUCCCAGCAUCAGAUUUGAAAGAUCAUAGAUACCAUGAAGCCACAACUAUCUUUCCACAUCUCUAUUUAGGUGGUGUUGGUGCUUGCACCGCUCAAAAUCUUCAAAAGCUAGGUGUAACUUUGGUUAUCAAUGUUGCUGAAGAAUGUAGUAUUAAAAAGUACGAUCCUAACGAAGGAAUCACUGAAUUAAAGUUGAUAAUCCAUGAUAGGGUUGACGAACCACAAUUUCAAUCGUUUCAUAAAUUAUUUCAUGAAAUCGACCUAGUAGAAAAAAAAAAUACGAAAUGUAUUGUUCAUUGUAUGAGAGGUAGAUCCAGAAGUGCAACAGUUGUUAUUGCUUAUGUAAUGUAUAAAUUAAAGUUGGAUUUAAAUAAUGCAUUCCAAUACGUAAAGACUAAAAGAACAAUCAUCGGACCUCACGGUGAUCUGAAAAAACAAUUAUUACAAUUUGAGAGAUACUUUUUGAAAACUGAGUCAAACACUCUGUGGCACUACCUUUUAACACCGGUGGAAUCAUCCAAUCAAAAUCAGCAGCCAAACAAACCCAUCAAUAAAGAAAACAAUUAA